UCACUUCUUUGGGCAUGAGGUAUGUAGCUAGCUCUCCAAGCGAGGUCUAAUAUACUCUUACGUCAACGUGGCAUGGCCGAGUGUAUAUUUAGACACUGACAGUAAAUAUAUACAUGUGUCUCCUAUUCCCAGUAGCCCCAAGCGACACAUCAUGGUUCCCCCCCUUCGUUACUUCUUCCCGUAGCUACCUGCGCCAGUCUUGCACUAGCAGCAUCAUGCGUACGUGGUUGGUUGGGGCGUUGACGGGCAUAUUCGCGGCCGUGGUGGUGCAAGGUCAUUCGUGGAUCGAAUGCUCCAACUACGUGAUUCAAUCGGACGCCGACAAGAACUAUUACAAUCCGAAAAACUGCGUCGGGUUCCCUCGAUGUGCCGCUGCCCGCGGCGACGUGUUUGGGUUCGAGGGACCGUUGCAGUACCAGCAAACGACCAAGUCGUGCCAGUGCAGCCGCGACGCGUCUAAUGCGUACACGGCGGCCAAUCCCAAGGCCAAAUACACGCCCGGACAGCGGGUGUGUCUGGCGUAUCCGGCCAAGAACCACGUGGCCGACUCGUGUACAAACCAGUACAUUCCCGACUCGGGGAUGCGCAUCUACCGGUCCGACAAGGGCGAGACGGCCGACCCCGCCUUGUUCAAGUGGCCGCACGAGUACAACCACCUCAACGGCGUCCACGUCAACGGCGUGAUCGACUACAAGGGAUUCCAGAACUGCCCCAAGUUUUGCGAGCAAAAGGACAAGGCGCUGUGCACCGUGUGCUUUGACCUGGAGCCAGAUCUGGCCGUCGGCGCAUACUCGUUUCACUGGGAGUGGUCGUUCAACCCAGGGCAAGACCGGUACGUGAGCUGCUGGGAAGUGGACGUCGUGACCGGAUCCGCCCCUUCCCCGUCCGUGACCCCCAACAGCAACACAUCUCCAACUUCGCCACCAUCUAAAAACAACUACCCGAAAGGCGGCGGCGACGAACUUGAAUGCGACGAAUAGUAGAUCAGUGAGCAUAAUGCCGAUGGAUACAUACAUGGACGUGAAGUGCGUGAACACUCUUUCCCUA